AUUCUGUAAUCACCAGAGGCGUCUAAAUCAAGGACCUCCAUACAGGCAGCUGAUGAUACUGCCAGCUGAUACACUAUUCAUAAAAAAAAUAGAUAAAGCAGCAUUUUGUCGCUGCAAACCUGUUCGGGUGGAACAGAGAAUGGUUGCAUUUAUUAUAGUCAGUAUAAUUUGACGAAUGUCGGUGUUAUUUAAGGAGGAAAUGCGUGAGUUUAUGGAGUCAAAGCUUUAAAUGAGGAUCAUGGCGUUUCCGGAGGGAGAAUCACUCGAAUCCUGGCUCAACAAAGCCACACACCCGACCAACAGACAGGAGGACUGGGAAUACAUAAUCGGGUUUUGUGACCAGAUCAAUAAGGAGUUGGAAGGUCCUCAGAUAGCUGUGAGACUCCUAGUUCACAAAAUCCAUUCUCAAGAAUGGGAAGCUCUUCAAGCUCUGACGGUACUAGAGGCGUGUAUGAAGAACUGUGGGCGGAGAUUUCACAAUGAAAUAGCCAGAUAUCGCUUUUUAAAUGAGCUGAUUAAAGUGGUUUCACCCAAGUAUAUGGGGGACAGUGUUUCUGAAAAAGUGAAGAAUAAGAUCAUUGAGAUGUUGUACAGCUGGACGGUGGCGUUUCCCAAUGAGGCCAAGAUAGCAGACGCGUACCAGACGCUCAAGAGACAAGGACUCGUUAUGUCAGACCCAGAAUUGACGGUGGACAAAACCCUGAUCCCGUCCCCUCCGGCACGGCCCAAAAACCCAGUGUUUGACAAUGAGGACAUGGGGAAGUUGUUGGCUGAACUUCUGAGAAGCAAAAACCCAGAAGAUCUUCAGGAGGCGAACAGACUCAUCAAAAACAUGGUGAAGGAGGACGAGGCCCGAGUGCAGAAAAUGACUAAACGUAGCAAUACUCUGGAGGAAGUGAACAACAACGUCAAGCUCCUGAGCGAAAUGCUGAGUCAAUACGACAGGACCCGAUCAUCAGACGCCGACCGUGAGCUCAUCAAGGAGCUGUAUGAGCGCUGUGAUAAACUCCGACGCACCGCGUUCAAACUGGCCACUGAAGCAGAGGACAACGACUCCAGUUUGGGUGACAUUCUCAAGGCAAACGAUGAUUUGUCCAGAGUAAUCAGCUCUUAUAAACGAAUCGUAGAAGGACAGGCAGACGACGGGGACAGUGAAGAUCUCAGACCAGCUGCUAGUGAAGGACGUGAGACGACGGGCACUUUGAUUGAUCUGGCUGGACUGGAUGAACCUUCCUCUCCCCCGACCGUCCCCCCUCCUUCUCUUCCUCCUCAGGUCCUGUCAGCCAAUCCCACGGCCUCGUCCAUCCCUGUGCUGCCACCUCCUCCUCGCCGAUUGGCCGGCGGUCACAGCAGUCAGACGAGCAGCCCCAGUCACAAACCACCUGAGCAGCAGAACUCUCUCUCCCUGCUGGACGAUGAACUCUUGUCUCUCGGACUGAAUGAUCCUCCCACUGUGCCAAACAGACCAAAGUUGGAUGAGUUGUCUGGUCAGUGGACGUCUCUACAGGCUCCUGAUGCGGGCCUGGACCUGUUUGGGAGCUUCUCGGCACCGAGCGCUGUCUUUCCAACAACACACACACCUGCACAAGCCUCACACACACUGGCUGUCAGUCAGGGGCUGCAGGACCUCUCUAUGCUGGACUUUGGAGGUGGAAAGAGUGUCUCCGGUCUGAGUGGCAUUGCUGGAGGUACUUUUGGUCUUUCUGGAGGUGUGAUGGGCUCCACAGCCGCCCCUCUUCAGUCCACUAACCCGUUUGUGAGCACAGCGGCACCGGGAUCACCCGCUGUGGCCCGGGCUCAGGUGGUGACGGGCGGCUCGGCUCCAGGCAGCCCUUUCUUUCAGCCCUUCUCUUCUCCAUCUCACUCGCUUCAGAGCAGCCCAGCGCGGAGCUCAGACCCCAGCCUCUCCAACCUGAACGUCCCGCUCGAGUCCAUCAGACCCAGUAAAGUCUUACCUGUGACCAUGUACGAUAAGGACGGAGUCCGUGUUCUUCUGCACUUUGCGAUGGACUGUCCACCGGGUCGACCGGACGUCCUGGUCAUGGUGGUGUCGUUGCUCAACACGGCGCCGUUACCCGUGCGAAGCAUAGUGCUGCAAGCAGCUGUGCCCAAGUCUAUGCGAGUGAAGCUUCAGCCUCCAUCAGGUGCAGAGAUCCCACCUUUUAACCCCAUCCUGCCCCCCGCAUCCAUCACUCAGGUCAUGCUGCUCGCCAACCCACUCAAGGAGCGUGUGCGUUUGCGCUAUAAGCUGACGUAUCUUCUGGGAGAGCAUCAGUAUUCGGAGGUGGGAGAGCUGGAUCAGUUUCCUCCAGCGGACAGAUGGGGGUCCCUGUAGAUUUACCUCGCCGUUUGCCUGCUUCAACUCUUAAAUGUUCAUUCCCAAGUAUCAGCAUUCAUUUGUUUUCAGUCAGUGUUUUACUGUAGGCUUGUGAAGCAGUAUUUGAUGCUUGAUGUUUGCUGGAUAUUAAUACAGUAACAAAACAUCAGUGACACACAUGAUGGUCUGAAGCGGACACACACGGUUCAGAGAUGCUCUUAAAACAGUUUACCAUGGUAAUCAUGGUUUCUGUCAAAAUACCAUAGUAAAACAAUAACUAACUGGCAGUUUCAACAAACACUACAACGAUUUGUUUAAAAAAGUAAAUUUUAAAAAAUCCUUUAAUUUGAGAAAUAAGCUAGAUAUCUUGAAUGAUUUAUGAAUUAAUUUAGACUUAAUUUACCACCUUUUACCAGUGACAUUUUAUUGUUAUAGAGAUAAUAUAAUAGUUGUUUUUAAAAGAUUAUAAUAUUUUUGUAUUUAAUUUUCAUUGUAAUUUUUAAGUUUUAGUAACAAGUUUUUGUUUUUUUUUGUCAUUUUUAUGUAGUUUUUUUCUCAAUGUUUAUAGUUUUUAUUUUUAUUUCCAUUUUUUAAGCUACUUUAGUACAUUAAGUAUAGAUACAUACAUGUUUAUGUCUAUAAAGUUUUGGUAACAGGUUUACAAAAAUCUGUUUAGUUUAGUAGCUCUUUUCAUUGACUACAUGUUGAGAAAUUUUCAAGCACUAGUACAUAUGGUAUUUUGAAGUAAACUAUGGUAAAUGUUGGUAAGCUCAGAAGCCGAGCUGAUGCUGAUGGUGUCACAUGACCUCGCCGCUGUCCGUGGAGUGUAUUUUACCGUGAUUUCACUCUGUUCAGACAGUGCUAGAUGUUCUUGCGCUCUUCAAAACAAAGAAGCCGUAGAACUUUGCUGUUUCUAGAACUAAAUGAUUCAUUUCCCGCAAACUUCAGCUCUCUAAGUCACGAAGCAUCAGAACGAAUGUACCUGCAGUCAAACGAGUUUACACGGAGGACGCUUUGAGUUUACACGCGUAAUGUCAGAGUAGCAUUAUGUUGUCCAUUUUGAGUUUUUAUCUGCCUGUGUUAUAGUUCAACGGUUUCUGUUUUUAUUUAUUGCUGCUACAGGAACGUUUGGACUCAAGUUUCAGCAUUACAGUCUGUCUCUGAUAGUCGGCAGCUUUUAUUGACCAUUUUAGAUUUAUUUAUUUAAUUGUGGCAUAUUUAUAUAGUGUUUUUGCCUGCAGGUUAUGUGAUGAAGAUCUUGAUUAGCACAGUUCAUCAUAAGUCGGAUUGGAGAUGUGUUUUGGUAAAGUGGAGGCAUCAGCAGUCAGUCCUCUGAGCGUUUCACGUGAUUUGAUUAUUUUAAGCACUGUAGCAGGGCAAAUGAGCAUUUUAUUAAAUAAGAUAAAGGCCUCAUGUGAUUUUAGUUCCAAACAAACCUUAAUGUGUCCAAGCAGAAGAAGAGGACAACUGCUCCUCUGAAAGUGAGCAAACCGUACAGUUCAUUACGAUCAUGUGUUUAGACUCUGAUAACACACAAAAAAUGACUUGUAUUUCACCCACAGAAACAAACCAAAUCAUAUUUUGCAUAAAGAAAAGUUUUUUUUCUUUUUUUAUCCCUGUAUGAAAGUAUUACAACUUAUUAAUUUGUUUUAAUUUUGGGGUAAACCUGAAAGCGUUUUUCGGUCCUAAAACAGUUUUAAUAUAGCAAAAUAUGUCGCCUUAUUGAUUUCGGGGUGAAUUCUUGGUGGUUUUUUAGUUUGAUGAGAUUCAUCUGCUUCAUGGCUGUGAAUCUUGUGUGUUUGAACACAUUGGACUGUAUUUCUGGACAUCAUGGAGCAUCUCUGCUGAUUCUGUCUGACGUGUUUCAGGAUCUGAAGGUCUCAGAGCUUCAUUGUGCAUCUGCAUCAAAGUGUUUCGAGUAUUUCUGAGGAACCUUGUCUGUGUAUUAUUAUGAGUCGUGUCUCCUUUUAAGACUCAAAGCCUCAUCAGGUCUGAAGUUGAUGACAGAGAUGGUUUAAGAGGACUCAUUAAAAUAUGUGGAACAAAAGUAGACCUUUGUAAAAGUUAUUAUAGAUGACGAUGAUGUAGAUGAAGCACUGCUCUGGUGUUUAAUAGUGAUUCCAUCAUGUGUACUGCGCCAUUAAAGACUUUAUCAAACGGA